AAAUGUUUGGGGAAAGACGGAGAUAGUGAGUCAGAGAGUUUCCUCCUGUUUGAGGAGAGUGGGCUACGGACUGUAUACUGCACGGACGGUCAUAUUACACAUCGACGCCCACGACCGGUGCAGUUACUCUACAGAUUACGGUACCGAGCCGCAGCCCGUGCGGGCGACGGAGUUCAGUCGGCCUUCGUUCAACACUAGGCAGCGUCUCAUGAUUCAUUCAGCCGCACACAGACACCAGAAGACGGACUAGAUCAACGGACACUCUUCCGAGCCACGCAAUCGAGAGGCUGGCAGUCCAAACUCAGAGGAGCAAGUGUCCCACUGAAAGGCAGAACCAGUCGCUGGCCAUGGCGGACGUCGGUGAGGUUUUGAUGUCGGUGUUGUCCACAAUUCGGGUCCCGAAGCCCGGGGACCGUGUCCACAAAGACGAAUGCGCCUUGUCAUUUUCCUCGCCGGACAACGAAGGGGGCCUCUAUGUGUGCAUGAACAGUUUUCUGGGCUUUGGGAGUCAGUAUGUGGACAGGCACCAUGCUCGCACUGGCCAGAGGGCUUACUUGCACAUCACCCGGACUCGCAAGACUAAGAAGGAAGAGGACAUUAACACAGGAUCUGGACACCCGCCUAAGAAAAAGCCCACCAGAUUGGCCAUAGGGAUUGAAGGAGGCUUUGAUGUGGAGCAGGAGCAGUAUGAGGAGGAUAUAAAGGUGGUCAUUUUACCUGACAGACAGGAAGUGACAUCAGAGGACCUCACUACCAUGCCUGACGUUGUGAAAGAGCGGGUGUCCCUGUCAAUGGCGGGUAUCAUGGCAGCUGACUCAGUGUCUCAUACAUUACAAGUUCAACAAUGGGACGGAGAGGUGAGACAGGAGUCGAGGCAUGCUGCUGACCUGAAACAGCUUGAUAACGGAGUCAAGAUCCCUCCUAGUGGCUGGCGGUGUGAUGUUUGUGAUCUCCAAGAGAACAUUUGGAUGAACCUGACAGACGGCAAAGUGCUGUGUGGUCGCAGGUAUUUUGACGGCACCGGGGGCAACAAUCACGCCCUUCUUCACUUCCAGCAGACAGGAUACCCACUUGCUGUCAAACUCGGUACCAUCACCCCAGGUGGAGCAGAUGUGUAUUCCUAUGAUGAGGAUGACAUGGUGCUGGAUUCCAAGUUACCAGAGCACCUGGCUCACUUUGGCAUCAACAUGAUGACCAUGGAGAAGACUGAGCGGACCAUGACGGAGCUGGAGAUUGCUGUGAACCAGCGUGUGGGGGAGUGGGAGGUGAUCCAGGAGUCUGGGACCACCCUACGUCCCCUGUUUGGCCCCGGCCUGACUGGCAUGAAGAACCUGGGCAACAGCUGCUACCUCAACUCCGUCAUGCAAGUGCUCUUCACCGUCCCUGACUUCCAGAGCAAGUACGUGUCCAACAUGGACAAGAUCAUUGAUGAUGCUCCAAGUGACCCCACCCAGGACUUCAAAACCCAAGUAGCCAAGCUCGGCUACGGUCUGUUGUCAGGAGAGUAUUGCAAACCAGCACCAGACCCUGGAGAUGAAAACGAUGCAUCUGAACCCAGGGGAGACCAAAUUGGUAUCGCGCCACAAAUGUUCAAAGCACUUGUUGGGCGGGGCCACCCAGAGUUCUCCACCAAUCGUCAACAGGAUGCUCAGGAGUUUCUAUUGCACUUCAUAAACAUGGUGGAGAGAAACUGCCGCUCUGGGGCCAACCCAUCUGAAGCCUUCAGGUUCCUGGUGGAGGAGAGGAUUGUGUGUCAGGAAUCACAGAAAGCCAAGUACACACAGCGUGUAGAUUACAUGGUCCAGCUGCCUGUGCCCAUGGACCAGGCUACCAACACAGAAGAUCUUCAGGAGGCAGAGCGCCGGCGUGAGGAGGGGGACUCCGCAGCCCCUACAGUGCGUGCACAGAUCCCCUUCACAGCUUGCAUGGCAGCCCUCAGUGAACCGGAGAUCCUCACAGACUUCUGGAGCUCAGCUGUGCAGGCCAAGACUACUGCUACCAAAACAACCCGCUUUGCCUCUUUCCCUGACCACCUGGUUAUCCAAAUUAAGAAGUUUACCUUUGGCCUUGACUGGGUACCCAAGAAACUGGACGUGAGUAUCGACGUUCCCGAUACUCUGGACCUGAGCGGGCUUCGUGCCACUGGCCAGCAGCCGGGGGAGGAGCUUCUGCCAGAGGUGGCUCCGCCCUCACUCGUGACCCCUGAUGUGGAGGUUAAAGGUAUCCUGGGUUACCACGGCAACGAGGAGGACGACUCGCUCUACUCCCCACUGCUGUCUCCGGUCCUUGAUGACUCCACUGUGUCUCAGUUAUGUGAAAUGGGAUUCCCACUGGAAGCCUGCAAGAAAGCUGUGUACUACACUGGGAACACUGGCAUUGAUGCUGCCAUGAAUUGGAUCAUGGGCCAUAUGGACGACCCAGACUUCUCGGCCCCCCUGGUGUUGCCAGGCUGCAGCUCUGGCCCCGGGACCACUCCCACAGAGAGCGUCUCCGAGGAGCACCUAGCAACCAUCGUCUCCAUGGGCUUCAGCCGAGACCAGGCAACCAAAGCUCUCCGAGCCACGAGUAAUGUUCUGGACCGUGCAGUGGACUGGAUCUUCUCGCACCUGGAUGACCUCGAGUCCAUGGACGUGUCUGAAGGAGGCCGCUCGGCAGCAGAGAGCGAGGGCAGGGAUCCUCCUCCUGGGCCUCGAGUCAGAGACGGACCAGGAAAGUACGAGCUCUUUGCAUUUGUCAGCCACAUGGGGACGAGCACGAUGUGCGGCCACUACGUCUGUCACAUCAAGAAGAAUCAGCAGUGGGUGAUCUUCAACGAUCAGAAGGUGUGUGCUUCUGAGAAACCUCCCAAAGACCUGGGAUACCUCUACUUCUAUCGAAGAGUGGCCGAAUGAGACAAAGGAGUCUUGUGCUUUGGGGUGAAGCAGGAGAAAUGUGGACACUAACACACCCCCACACACACACACACACACACACACACACACACACACACACACACACACACACACACACACACACACACACACACACACACACACAAACAACAGAGUGUCGCACCCCACCAAGCUCAAACGCCCUGGCACGCUUCAAAAUAGCAAACAUGUAAAUAAAUCUCUCAGAUUGCAUAUUUACACAGUGAAAUAAAUUGGUGCAGAUGUACAGGUGAGGUAUUUUGGGUGGGGGGGGUCCUUAAUCUACUGAAAACAAACCAUGGGCCUCUUCAAAGAGCAGAUUCAAUUAUUUAACAACUUUGCCGAGUAAAACUAAGAACCACCUAAGAUCUGUUAAAGGGGCAGUAAGCUAUUCUAGAGCAAUACAGGGUUUUUUUUAAACGGCGAAUAUAUCCUCACAGUCCGCUAGCUGUCGAUUCUGUGUGCAGGAAAAAAGAUCUGGGUUUUCUGCUCAGUCCUGGCUCUGUAAAAUCGAAAACAAAAAUGGUGCGGACCGCACCUCACAACACUGUGUGCAGUUUGUAAACAUCACUCGCCGACACCUUGAGAUGUGCUAGCGUGCGGCGCUACGACUCGGGGCUUUUGGCCUCGUGGUUAGUGCAUUGGUCUUAAAUCAUCAACAACAACGAGAGAAAAAGGCUUUUUCCAAAUUCGCUUACUGCCCCUUUAAAAGACUCGUUUGCAGGUCUUACUAGGCAAACAUAUCCAGAUAAUUCAGAAAAGCUGCUUCAUGGAACAAGUCCAUUCACUCUCUACUCAUAACUUUGCUUAACUUUCACAUUAUUCCACCUCCUGACUGUUGAUUUCUGCUGCCGUCAGUAGUCACUGCCGUCUACUGCCACUCCCCAUCAAAUGAUUGCUUCCAGCGAGCCUCUUCUUUCAUUGGCCUGUUACAGCUUGGUCUCCUCGUCUAAGCAGGGCACCACUUCCUCGUCUGCCUGUUACAGUGAGGAAGUAAAAACAGUCAACAACAAUAAUGAGAGGAAAUGUCAGAAACUCAAUUCAGCUCAAAUGUGUGUUACAAAAAUAAAUACAAAUAAAAUAAGUCAAAACACCAAAUCAACUUUUUUUUUGUUAAAGGUUUGGUGAGGGUGACAUCCGGGUGAUUUUUGUUCUGUUUUAAUUUUUCAAACACAUCCUUUGUUAUUAUUUCUGCUGUGACAAAUAAAGAAUUGUCUUUCUGUCA